AUGGAACCACGGCUUGACAGAACUGAUGAACGAGGAGGAGAAGUGGUUUUAGCACUCCGUGACACCGUUAGAUAUCACGAGGUAAUGAAUCGUACGCACCAAAAUAAUGAAAUUCCCAAAACAGUCGUACCAUCGCCUACUGCUACACAAAAUGAGAAGAGUGAACCAGUUGAUUCCUUAUCGUCCUCGUCUUCAACGGCAGUACGCAACACAAGCAAACCAAAAGAAACACCGACAGUUAUAGAAGAUCCAUUUGAUAAUUUUCUAUGUAAAUCUUGUAAUCGUGGCGAUGAUGAUGCCUAUUUGUUAAUUUGUGAUCGAUGCGACACUUCAGUUAAAGUCGAAUAUGGAGCAGAUCUACCAACGGGAGAAUUGGGUAUCGGUUUCGCUACCGUGAAAUCAAAAGAUUUAUCCGAUCAAGAUAAAGACUAUUUAAAUUCACCAUGGAAUUUGAAUAAUUUCGCUUAUCAUUAUAAAUCAUGA